AUGGCGAAGAAGGCAUUGGCCAAGGAUCAAAUUGUGAAGCUCAUUGUGGGGGCUGGUCAGGCCAGUCCCAGUCCCCCCGUCGGUCCGGCCCUGGGUAGUAAAGGUGUCAAGAGCAUGGACUUUUGCAAGGAGUUCAAUGCCCGCACUGCACACAUCAAUACCGGUGUCCCGAUCCCGGCGCGCGUCAUCGUGCGUCCCGAUCGCUCAUUUACCUUCGAUCUCCGGACUCCUACAACUACCUGGCUUUUAUUGCAGGCAGCGUGCGUGGAACCUCGCAAGAACCGUAUCCGUGGAGCCAUGAACCCCGGCCAUGAGAUUGUUGGCAAAGUGUCGCUCAAGCAUGUAUACGAGAUUGCCAAAAUCAAGCAUUCCGAAAUGAGGCUGUCAGGGUUGAGUCUGGAGGGGCUGUGCAAGAGCGUGAUCGCACAGGCAAAGUCCAUCGGCAUUCAGGUUGACCCAUAG